CUUAGAGCCUUAUUCUUUACACCAGUUUUGAUUCUGACUAAACCAUCGACUUGGAGAAAGACAAGGCGAAUCUAUUAGAAACGAGAGCCAAAAGAUGAAGUUCACGUUGAUGGCAGUUGUUCUGGUCAUGCUUCUUCCUUGGGAAGCUAGAGGAAGAAGUCUGGACGUGGAAGAGGAGGAUACAGAAGGCGCACCAGAAGCAACAGUUCAGAAAAGACAAAUUUGGCAGUUUCGAAAAAUGAUAAAAUGUGCAACUGGAAGAAGUGCUUGGGAUUACAAUCGCUACGGAAACUGGUGUGGACGUGGAGGAAGUGGAACCCCAGUGGAUGGAGUUGACAGAUGUUGCAGGGCUCAUGACCUUUGCUGGGGUGAGGUCAAACACUGCCACCCGUUCUCGAACCUUUACAGAUACAGGAUUUCUGGGAAAUAUCCCAGCUGCUCCAUCACAUGCAAUGCCGGAAAAAACGACAGUUGUGAGCAAAGCAUUUGUAACUGCGACAAGGCGGCUGCUGAAUGCUUUGCAAGGAACACGUACAACCCCAACAACAAGCACUAAAUCGGGAGUUGUCUCGUCGAUAACACUAUUAAGUAAAAAAAUAUAAAAUAAAAUUUAAUUCUGAUCAUUUGAUCAAUGUUGAAAUAAAUCUUGUAAACUAAAAGAAGCAUUAAAGGAGCAUUCAAAACAA